GUUUUAUUUCGGAAAAACCCUUCUUGACGGUGUUUCUAAUAACCCGGCUAAAUAUGACGACAAAACACGUUAUUUGUGUAUCUAGUACCGUCCCUCGUCUUUCCAGCGUUGUACGUCAGCUGCUUCCGUCGGCAGAGGUUAUAGAUGCUACCCCAGACACUGAUGGAAAAUCUGAAAUACCUUUAAACACAGAAGUCCUGUUUGGAGAUACACCAAGUAUUAUUUCUCACAUAAAAAAGGAGAAAGGUGAACUGAAAUGGGCUCAAAGCACAUGGGCAGGUGUUGAAAGUAUCUUUGAAGCAUUUCCAAAGCCACCGGAAGGAGUGAUUCUAACACGCAUGGGUGAAGGUUUCGGUCGUUUGAUGGCGGAAUAUGUAGUGGGACAUAUUUUUGUGAAGGAACUCUCUGUUCUAAAUUUACACCAGCAACAAAAAGAAAAAUUGUGGGAUAAAAGUCCCGUACAAGGCAGACGUUUGCUCACUUCUCUCACUAUUGGAAUUCUUGGAGUAGGAUCAAUCAGCACAGAAAUUGCCAGGCUUUGUAAAGCUGUAGGUAUGACAGUCUGGGGUCUGAGUCGAUCUACAAAGGAACAUGUCCCUGAAUUUGAUCACCUAUCAACACUGGCGGAUCUUUGUAGUUUUUUGGCGGGUUGUGAUUAUAUAUGUAAUGUUCUCCCUGGUACGCCAGAAACUACGAAUAUGUUGUCAGGAGAUGUGCUGAAAUGCUGUAAAUCUAAGCGACCUAUUUUCAUCAAUGUCGGCCGUGGAAGUAUUAUAAACGAAGAAUCCCUUCUUUCUGCAUUUAAAAACAAGUGGAUAGGUGGUGCUGUGUUAGAUGUUUUCUGUAAGGAGCCACUACCACCAGAAAGUCCCUUGUGGUCCCAUCCCUGUGUUACAGUAACCCCCCAUAUAUCAGGUCCCAGUGUAGCAGAAAGUAUCGCCAAGACGUUUGUCAAAAACUAUGAGAAGUACACCAAUAAACAGAGACUUAAUUAUAUUAUAGACUGGACAAAAGGCUACUGAAAACUUUUUAAUUUUCUGAAAAAUUUUAAAAAAUCACAUGAAAUUUACAUGUCAAGAAGUCACUUUAACAUCCUGAUACUUUUGUUUAUCGUGGUUAUAAUUAUUCGUUAAUUUGUGUUUACUUCCGAAGUUAAAAAGAACAAAUUAUGUGUCUGUGGCAUUUGCUUGAAUUUUUUCAAAAGCAUGUUAGAUCAU